UAUGAGAGCCCUCGCACAUUACGGCCACCAGUCGCCGCCACUAAACGCGACCACCAGUAGUUCGGCUAGACCACUACACGCCGCCACCAGUGGCAGCCACUAGUGGCCGCAUCAAGCCACCAGUGGCUGCCACUUGCGUCAGACACUAGCUGCAAGUAUCUCGACAGAGGUAGACGUGUGUUGCCCAAGAAUGGACGCACUCUUGAUUUCGCUAUUGUUGCUUAUUAUUCUAAAACGUAGAAAACGGCGCCGAAUUCAGAACCAUCGACGACCAAUUCAUCGGCGUCACUGGGUACAUCCAAUUCUGACAUCACGCAAUAAAAAUGGACAGCACAAAUUGCUGUUCGAAGAGUUAAAAUGUUAUCCAGAUAAGUUCUUCAAGUAUUUUAGAAUGAGCGUGAACUCAUUCAAUGAAUUACUUAGCGUUUUGCACGAUGACCUCAAACAUCAAGAUACACGCAUGAGAAAAAGCAUCUCUCCAACAGAAAGGCUGGCUAUAACUUUAAGGUACCUUGCUACUGGUUGUUCAUUUGGUGAUUUUGAAUUAGUAUAUCGAUGUGGUGCGUCAACUGCGAGAUUGAUUGUAAAAGAAACAUGUAAAUUGAUCUAUGCAUCACUUCAAGAUAUCUGCGUACCACAACCAACUGAAGAGAUGUGGAGUAAAAUAGCUAAGGGGUUUGAAGAAUAUGCUAACUUUCCAAAUUGCUGUGGUGCAAUUGAUGGAAAACAUAUAAGGAUUAUUAAGCCUCAAGAUAGCGGAUCCUUAUAUUAUAAUUAUAAACACUAUUUUUCCAUCGUACUUCUAGCUAUCUGUGACGUGAAUUAUAAGUUCACAUUUAUUGAUGUCGGCUCUUAUGGGAAAGCUUCAGAUUCGACUAUCUACAAAGAAUCGAAAUUAUUCAAAAAAUUGGAAGACCAAUCCCUGAAUUUACCUGCACCAAAAGCAAUUUCUAGUAGUUCUGGUCCUGUAAACUACUGUUUUGUUGGUGAUGAAGCUUUUGGUCUUGCAGAACACAUGUUGAGACCUUAUUCAGGAAAACACUUGAAUAUUGAAAAAAGAAUUUUCAACUAUAGGCUUUCUCGAGCCAGGCGUCAUAUCGAGUGUGCCUUUGGGAUAUUAGUGAAUAAGUGGAGAAUACUACAUCGACCAUUGAAUGUGUCAAUAGAUUUCGCCGAAGACAUCGUGAAGGCCUGUUGUAUACUACACAACUUUGUUCGUCAGAGAGAUGGAUUUAAUUUCCAUCAUACAUUGACUGUACCAGGACUUCACGAUAUCGAUAACGCCCACGUGCAAUCUCGUCGUUCAUUAAACACCAGAGAUAUAUUGAAAGAUUAUUUUAUUAGCAACGAGGGAGCUGUACCUUGGCAAAAUAAUAAAAUAUAAUAAAUAUAUAAUAAUAAUGUAAAAUAAAAUUGUCCAAAAACUUA